UGGAUGGCAGUGAGUUUGAUUUGGUUUUGUGAUGGUGAGUGCUCUCCAGAAAUGUCGGUUCAAGAAGCAGCAGGAUCACCAAGGGUCGAGUUUCAUCCUAUGGACACCCAGUCUGAGGGGCUGUCCCCAGAGCCUCAGGGCAUGCAGGAAACCAACAUGGAACAGGGACCCACUGUGGCUCCACCUGUUCCCCAGGUGCCUGCUCUUCCCCACACGGGAAGCCCAGGAGACCAGGCAGCUGCACUCCUGACAGCCAGGUACCAGGAGUUUGUGACAUUCGAUGAUGUGGCUGUGUACCUCACUCGAGAGGAAUGGGGAUGCCUGGACCCUGUUCAGAGAGAUCUCUACAGAGAAGUGAUGUUAGAGAAUUAUGGGAACGUGGUCUCAUUGGGCAUACUCCUCCGCCUUCCCACCACCCGGAUACAUAAUGUGAAUUCCUGCCCGGCCCUGAGUCAUACCCAGGCAAGUGCUUUCUCUGGAGAAACACUUGCGGUCCUUUCAGCAGGAAUCGCCAAGAGAUGGCUCAAGUAUUGACUUCCCAUCGGUAGUGCUCGUCCCUGCUCGGAAACUCCUUUUCCACAAUUGUAAGAUAUUAAACUUGCUUGCUGGAAGAGAUGCUCCCCAGGAUGCCACCACGAUGUACACAUGGCAGAUCCUCAAAUGACCUCUGAGAAAUUGUGAAUGUUAAAGAAGCUUCUGUUGCAUCCCAAGGCACUUUGAACUCAAUUUGUUUCAGACACCGUGGUUGGUGGCCAUCUCCUGGUGUCUAGAGAAACGACCAAAUUCAACUCCACCUCUGCAGUCACCAUCUUUUCCCGUUAUUUUAGAAUGUGGGACAUGCACGUCCGGCUGUGUGCCUUCCUUUCCUCCCCCACCCUUUUUAUUUUUCUUGUAGCGUACACGGCCUGCCCUCGAUAAGGCCUGGCUUGGCUGCCACCCCUGAUUUCCCUCAUGUUUUAACAUUCUGGCCAUCUCCUUUCUUUAAGUUCUCCGAGGUUGUCUCCCAGGUUCUGCCUUCCUUUGUCUCUGUGGUGCUUUACAGUGGGGCAGUGGUGUGACCUUCCCUGAUCAAGUGUUCCUUAGCUCUGCCCUGCAUGGGAGAGCAAAACGAAUAAAUUUUUUAUUUCAGAGUCUAUCAAAUUGAAUAUAUAUUGAACACCUUUGUAAACUGUCAAAUGGUAUACAAUUGUACACUACUGUAAAUUUUACCUAAUUACAGAAUUUCCAACAGUUAA